AUGCCUGGCAAAACAUCCACCUCCCUGCCCCGCAUCACCAAGUUCACCAACUGCCGUAUCGUCAAGGGACUUGACCUCGUCGAGCAAGACGUAUGGAUUGAUUCAAUCUCUGGGAAGAUUCUCAAGGAUCAGGAAGCCUUCUAUGGAUUACAUCUCUCCCCCGAUGUGGUCAUCGACCUAGGCGGCCGCAUCUUGGCUCCCGGCCUUAUCGAUGUACAGUUGAAUGGUGCUCAGGGCUUCGACUUCUCCGUGCCCCAGGCCUCAAAAGAACUAUACGAUGAAGGUCUGCGGGCCGUUAACAAAGGUCUUGCCAGGACGGGAGUGACUUCAUACCUCCCGACGGUAGUCAGUUCUACCCCCGAAGUCUACUGGCAGGUACUUCCAUCGCUAGGGGCAUCUGGAAAGAGCCAUCGCGCCAAAGAUGGCGCGGAGUCGCUAGGCGCUCAUGUCGAAGGUCCAUUCAUCAGCCCUGGUCGUAAUGGCGUGCAUAAGACAGAAGUUCUUCGUGCAGCAACAUGCUUCGAAGAUGUCAUCGCUUGCUAUGGCAAAGACAACCUCACCGGCCCAUUCAAAUCAGUGCGCAUGAUCACAGCAGCUCCUGAGGUUGGAGACAUGCUGCCGAACAUUCCCUCCCUCACAUCAGAGGAUAUCAUCUACUCCAUUGGCCACUCGGACGCAACGUACGAGCAAGCCCUCACCGCCACCCAGCAAGGCGCCACCAUGAUCACGCAUCUUUUCAACGCAAUGCGCCCCUUCUACCACCGGAACCCCGGUAUCUUCGGCCUCCUAGGGCAGAAUGAAUGCCCGCGACCAUUCUACGGCGUCAUCGCCGACGGCAUUCACCUGCAUCCCACCUCAAUCCGCAUUGCCUACAACGCCCACCCCGAAGGCCUCAUCCUCGUCACUGACGCCAUGAAGCUAUGCGGUCUCCCCGACGGUAUCUACGACUGGACCAAUGGCGAGCGCAUCAUCAAGAACGGCGCCCGGCUGACCCUCGAAGGCUCGGACAAAAUCGCCGGCAGCUCAGCCACCCUCAUUGAGUGCGUCAACAAUUUCCGUCGCUGGUCAGGCGCCUCCACGGCCGAGGCGCUCAACGCAGCUUCCGCCACCCCCGCACGCCUUCUGGGUUUACAGGGCGUCAAGGGGUCCCUGGAGAGUGGCGCGGAUGCGGACUUGCUUGUGCUGGAUGAUGAGGAGGACCCCUUCUCGGGCCCCACCUUGACUGUGAGACAAGUCUGGAAGCGCGGAGUCAAGAUCUAUGAUACCGGCAAAUAA